UAUUACCUGCACAGCCCUGCAGCAUUCACCACACUUGUGUCUCUGUGCGGCCACACUACAGCACAGAGACACAGAGGACAGAUUUAAAGGCCCUUACCAUCAGGGAGAGAUUUCUUUUCUUUUUUUUUUUUUUUGUGGGUGUGUGUGUUGGGGUGCCUUUUGUGUCCCACUCAAAGGAGGAAACCUGACUGCGGCAGUUGAAUUUUAAAUUUCAAGGGAACUAGCAGUGGAUAUGGCUGAUUGUCUGCAAGGUUCCCAACUUUGUAAAAAGUGGGCCUUUUUUAGAUGCCUGCUUGUGUUUUUAUAUCUCAACUCCUGUGUUGGCUCAGUACUUUCACAGUCAUUCGGUUCUCGUCCCCUGUACCACCACAGGUCUGGACCUGAUGAAGACAACAUCCUCAUUGCCAACAAUGGAAUCAGGGUACCUUUUGGGAGGUCUGUGUUUUUGGACCCAGUGAAUGACCUGGUAACCGAGGUUCAGCCUGGUGACCGCUGCCACAUAACGGUUCUGGAUAAUGACCCUUUGGCCCAAAAACCUGGGACGCUAUCCCCGCAAAAGUUUCCUUGUUCAUUUGGAGCGAAUGAAGUGAAGUACACUCAUUUUGGAUCUCGGAGUCCCAAUAGGGAUCGUAUAAAGUUGCAGCUACGCUAUGACUCCCAGACGGACACAGUUAUCAUCCCUUUCAUGAUGGAAGUUGAGGUGGUUUUCCAUCAACUUGAGAUCCUUCUCAGGAAUAUGCCCCUCAGUGUUGAGAAACUCAAUGGGGACAGCAGCCCCAUUGACAAAAAGGCUCUGGAGUUCUCCUAUGAGGAUGGUGUCACGCAGUGUAAAAUUGCCACUCUGGUCGGCACUGGAGGUCUUCCCAGGUAUGGCACUCUACUGAACAGUCCCACUAAUGGUCAAAUGGUUGACUGUGAUGAGUUUGUUAAAAUGGGCAUUCAAUACAAACACACUGCCAAAACCAAGUCACCAAACAGAGAUUAUAUUCCAAUGAUGGUGGAGCUGCAGGAUAAUGAUGGCAACACAAUAAUGCAAGAGCAUUUCCAAAGCAUGGUCAGAAUCAGAGAAGGUGCUGAGAACACCGCUCCCAAACCCAGUUUUGUAGCUAUGAUGAUGAUGGAGGUUGACCAGUUUGUGAUGACUGCAAUUACAAGUGAUAUGCUGGCCGCUGAAGACGUUGAAUCUGACUCAGACGAUUUGAUCUUCAACAUUACAUCACCAAUGAACCCCAGAGAUGGCUAUAUCAUUAGCACAGAUGAUCAAAACCUUCCCAUCACUUCCUUCAAUCAGAGGGAUGUCAAAGAUCUGAAAAUAGCCUACAAACCUCCUUCAGAGGACUCAGACCAGGAGCGGAUUUUCCAGCUGGAGUUUGAAAUUAUAGAUACUGAUGGUGCUGUGUCUGAUCCAUUUGCUUUUAUGAUUGUAGUGAAGCCUAUGAACACUUUGGCUCCAGUUGCAACCAAAAACACAGGACAGCUGUUGUUUGAAGGGCAGUCUCGAGCUCUCUCCAGUGCACAAAAUUUAGAGAUAAGUGAUGAGGACAACCUAGAGGAUGUGAAGAUUACAGUCAUUGAUGGUUUAAAACACGGAGACCUGACUGUUCUUGGCGCACGCAGAAAAUUCUUCACACCAGCGGAUCUGGAUGCUGGCAUUAUCGUGUACCAGCACGAUGGCAGUGACACAUACAGCGACAACAUUAUUUUCAGAAUGACUGAUGGACGUAAUGACGUAGAAUUUUUAUUCCCUAUUACUAUUGCUCCAACUGAUGAUGAACCCCCUAUAAUCAAUGCAAACACUGGCCUGGUGCUGUUCAAAAAUGAAAUUAUGCAGAUCUCUCCCUUCAUCCUGAGUGCUACAGAUAUUGACUCAGAAGAUUCCACUAUUAAGUUCAUCAUGGAAGCACCAUUUUCUUCUACAGGGGAGCUCCUGCUCAGGCAAACAGAGCCCCCAACUGACCCAUCUCAAUGGAAGUUCAGUGGGACAGAUGAGAUGUUUGAGCAGGUGGUAACUGAAUGGUUUCAGCAGGAUAUUCUUGAUGGAAAGUUGUUCUAUCGUCACAUCGGACCCCACAGCACCACCACCGUAACGGAUCAAUUUGUGUUUCGUGUCCAGGAUGACAAUGACCCACCUAAUCAAUCGGGGGAGCACACCUUCAUCGUUAAAAUCCAUCCUGUCGAUGACCUCCCCCCUGUGCUUUUCCAAGGCACCACCCUUCACAUGACAGUCAAGGAAUACGAGCUAACAUUUUUUCAGAAGAAAUUCCUGUGUUUUACUGAUCUCGAUUCAGAUGACAGAGACCUGAAAUACACUAUCACUAAACCACCAACUGACUCGGACGAGAACAAUCCAGCACCUUUAGGGGAAAUUGUACUUACUGAGAGCCCUGACAUUGCUAUAAGGGAGUUCACACAAGCCCAAAUAAAUCACCACAAAGUAGCUUACAAGCCUCCAGAUGUGGAAUUGGGCAUCACUCCAAAAGUAGCUCAGUUUACAUUUAUCGUUGAAGACACAGCUGGCAACUCAGCCGAUGGACUUUUCACAAUUUUCCUUCAACCAGUUGACAACAAACCCCCAUUCAUCACUAACACAGGAUUCACUGUUUUAGAAAAAAGUACGUAUAUUAUUACCAAUAAGGAGUUAUAUGCCACUGACACUGAUACAGAUGAUGAAAAUAUCAUCUUCACUGUGACCCAAAUUCCUCGAUAUGGAGAGCUGCAGUAUUUAGGUGUUUUUAUGUCUAAUGGUGAAACAUUUGUGCUUGAAGAUGUUGCAAAUGGUCGCCUAACUUACCUCCAUGGAGGAGAGGAAUCACUCAAUGAUCUCUUUAAACUCUCCGUAAGUGAUGGUUUCCAUGAAGUUCCCAUUGUAAUAAGGAUCACCAUUGAGCCAGUUGAUGACGAGACCCCCAAAAUCAUGCUUCCAGAUGGUCUGCUUGGAGCCUCCAUUGAUGUGCUUGAAAAUGGAGCAACAGAGAUUACAGCCAAUGUCAUUCAGGGUCAAGAUAAAGACACUGAUGACCUCAUGUUAACUUUUAUUGUUGAGGACUCCCCCAGACUGGGUGAAAUUCUGGUUAAUGGCGAACCUGCUGAGAGAUUCACCCAAGAGGACAUCAUCAAUGGAAUGGUGGUCUAUGCUCACACGUCUGGCGAAAUUGGUCCUGUCAAAAAGCAUGACUCCUUCAACCUAACUCUUUCAGACAUGUCUGAUCAGUGGGUUGUUGGUGGCAACAAAGUCCAAGGCGUGACAGUUCACGUCACCAUUCUUCCUGUUGACAGCAUUCCGCCUGUUGUCAGGGUUGGGGGGCAGUUUGUUGUGGUGGAAGGGGAGAAAAAUGUCAUUACUUUGGAAAACAUUCAAGCUGAGGAUAUUGACACCAACAAUGAUGACAUCUUGUGCACAAUCAUUGUACAACCAGCAUCUGGUUAUGUGGAGAAUAUUUCCCCAGCCACAGGUUCUGAGAAAUCAAGAGCUGGGACAGCCAUCAGUGCUUUUACCAUAAAGGAUGUUGCUGUUGGUCAUGUUUACUAUGUUCAGAGCAUUCAUAAAGGAGUUGAACCCGUUGAGGAUCAGUUCACGUUCCGCUGCUCUGACGGUAUUAACUUCUCUGAACGCCACUUCCUUCCUAUAGUCAUCAUUCCAGCCAAUGACGAGAAGCCAGAAAUUUUUGUGCGUGAGUUUGUGGUAUUGGAGGGCAUGAAUAUUGCAAUCGACACACCAAUUCUAAACGCAGCUGAUGCUGACAUUCCUGGGGAUGAACUGCACUUUGAGAUCAUCAAAAAUCCUAAGCAUGGUGCAAUAAUUCAACAGCUUAGCUCUGGCACCAUCCCUGUGGAGACGUUCAGUUUGGAACAGAUCAAAGAGGCAACCAAUAUUGUUUAUGAACACGAUGACUCCGAGACCAAAAAUGACAGCUUUGAGAUCAGGCUUUCCGAUGGUAAACACAGAGUGGAAAAAACAGUUCACAUUAUGGUUAUUCCCGUUGACGAUGAGACACCAAGAAUGGCUAUAAACGAUGGCCUUGAUGUUGAGAUUGGAGAGACUAAAGUGAUCAGUAACAAGGUUUUAAAAGCAACAGAUCUUGACUCUGAAGACAAAGAUUUAACAUACUUUGUGCGAUAUGGUCCUGGUCAAGGUUACCUUCAGCGCAUAAGCAAAUUUGGUGAUGUCUUAGGAAAUAUAACGUUGGGAAUGAAUUUCACCCAGGAUGAAAUCGACAUGCAACUUAUUCAGUAUGUGCACACAGGUCAAGAGGGAAUCCGUGACCUGCUGAAAUUUGAUGUUACAGAUGGUAUAAAUCCACUUAUAGACCGCUACUUUUACAUCAGCAUCGGAAGCAUUGACAUGAUAUUCCCAGAUGUUAUCAACAAAGGUGUGAUUCUCAAAGAAGGGGGAAAAGUGACCCUCACCACUGACCUCCUCAGCACCACAGACAUCAACAGUCCGGACGAGUAUCUCAGCUUUAGCAUUACAAGAGCACCUAGCAGAGGCCAUCUAGAGUGCACUGAUCACCCAGGUGUUCCUAUUUCUACUUUCACCCAACUGCAGCUUGCUGGUAACAAGAUAUACUAUAUCCACACCUCUGAUGAUGAGGUGAAAAUGGACAGCUUUGAGUUUGAAGUGACUGAUGGGUACAAUCCAGUCUUCCGAACCUUCAGAGUGUCCAUCACUGAUGUUGACAAUAAGAAACCUGUCUUGACUGUACAGAAGCUGGUUGUUGAGGAGGGAGAAACCAAACUCAUUACCCCAUUUGAGUUGACUGUUGAGGAUCGGGACACGCCUGACAACCUGCUUCGCUUUACUGUCACACAGGUGCCCGUGCAUGGACAACUGCUCUUCAACAAAACCCAACCAAUUACGACCUUUACCAAGCAGGAUCUGAACGAGAAUCUUAUCAGCUAUAAGCACGAUGGCACUGAGACAAACGAGGACAGUUUCUCUUUUAUUGUCACGGACGGCACUCACACAGACUUUUAUGUUUUCCCUGAUACUGUGUAUGAAACCCGUAAACCUCAAAUGAUGACCAUUCACAUCAACACGGUGGACAACGGUGUGCCCCAGAUUGUGGUUAACAAAGCUGCUGCCUCACUGAAAGUCCUCCACACGGGACACCUAGGCUUUGUUAUCACUAGCAAGGUCCUUCGAUCAGAGGACCGAGACAGUCCUCAGAGAGUUUUGAAGUAUACUGUGUCUGAACCACCCCUGCAUGGCUUCAUCAUCAACACUGCACUGGGCAAUGAUAGCAUAAAGACCUUCACGCAAGCUGAGAUCAAUGACAUGAAGAUCUGUUAUGUGCUGUUGGACAGGAGCAACGCCACAAGUGAUAUCUUCUAUUUCACAGUUGAAGACAAUGGAGGAAACAAACUCAAACCUCAACCAUUCCGGCUCAACUGGGCCUGGGUCUCUUUGGAGCGGGAAUACUACCUGGUGGAUGAGGACGCCAAGUUCUUGGAGGUGACCCUGAAACGCAGAGGCUACCUGGGAGAAACCUCUUUUGUCAGUAUUGCAACGAAGGACGGCACAGCAGAGCAGGACAAGGACUUCCGUGGUAAAGCUCAGAAGCAGGUCCAGUUCAACCCGGGCCAGACGACAGCAACCUGGAAGGUGAAGAUCUUCACAGAUCAGGAGUUUGAAAUCUCAGAGACCUUUGAGAUUCAGCUUUCAGACCCUGUUAUGGCAGCGCUGGAGUAUCCCGAUACAGCGACAGUGGAGAUUGUGGACCCUGGAGAUGAAUCAAUGGUCUUCAUUCCACAAGCUGAAUUUAGGAUAGAGGAGGACAUCGGAGAGUUGUUAGUGCCUGUCAGGCGUUCAGGAGAUGCCAGCCAGGAUCUUAUGGUAGUUUGUUACACUCAGCAAGGCACUGCCACCGGCACCGUCCCCUCCACAGUCCUGUCUUACUCCGACUACAUCACAAGGCCUGAGGACCACACCACCGUGCUACACUUUGAUAAGGAUGAACGAGAAAAGAUCUGCCGCAUCAUCAUCAUUGACGAUUCCCUGUAUGAGGAAGAGGAGAGCUUUAAUGUCAGCCUCAGUAUGCCCAUGGGUGGGCAGGUGGGAGCCCACUUCCCGUCCUCCAAAGUGACUAUUUUGGCAGACAGUGAUGACGAGCCUUCACUGUACUUCGGAGAACCUGAGUAUGUUGUAGAGGAGAGUUCAGGCUACGUUGAGGUUAAGGUCUGGAGGACAGGGACCGACUUGUCCAAAACAGCAACGGUCACCGUCCGCUCCAGGAAGAGCGAUCCUGUUUCAGCAGAAGCUGGACUUGACUACGUGGGUAUCAGCCGCAACCUGGACUUUGCUCCAGGAGUGACGAUGCAGACAUUCAGGGUGACCAUCUUGGAUGACUUGGGUCAGCCAAAGCUAGAGGGUCCAGAGACAUUUGACCUUGUGCUGAGGAUGCCCAUGAAUGCUGUGUUAGGGGAACCGAGCAUGGCAACCAUCACCAUCAAUGACACCAUCACUGAUUUGCCGAAGGUUCAGUUUAAGGAUGGAAACUACAAGGUGGAUGAGUCGGAUGGAUCUGUGAGCGCCACCGUGUAUCGCAGCGGAGACAUCAGCCUCGUAUCCACAGUCCGCUGUUACACCCGCCAAGGAUCUGCUCAGGUCAUGAUGGACUACGUCGAGAGGCCAAACACUAACGCGUCAAUCAUCACUUUCCUGCCAGGUGAGUCUGAGAAACAGUGUGUGGUCAGCCUGACGGACGACGCGAUCCACGAGGAGGAUGAGGAGUUUCGCUUGGUGCUGGGAAGUCCCCAGAGCAAGUCUCGAUAUGGAGCCUCUAUCGGGGAGCAGAAGGAAGUGCUGGUCACCAUCACAGAUGAGAAAGAUAAGCCCAUCAUCCGAUUUUCAGAGAUCAAGUAUAGCGUGCGUGAACCGCAGGUUAAAGGUGAUGUGACAACGGUGAAGAUUCCCAUUCUACGUUUUGGAGACACCUCCAAGGUCUCAGUAGUGAGAGUACACACAAAGGAUGGUUCUGCAACCUCCGGAGAUGACUAUAACCCACUGUCAGAGGAUGUGGAGUUCAAAGAGAACGAUAAGGAACAUUUUGUUGAAAUCGAGAUCCUGUAUGACGGUCAGAGAGAGAUGAGAGAGGCCUUCACUGUACACAUGAAACCUGAUGACAACAUGGUGGCCGAACUACAGAUGAACAAGGCCAUUGUGUACAUUGAGGAGAUGGACAGUGUAGCAGAUGUUACCUUCCCUGCAGUCCCUCAGGUGGUGUCCCUGCUCAUGUAUGAUGACACAUCUAGAACCAGAGACAGGCCGUACCCGCCCAAUGGAUACCCUGUGGUUUGUGUGACGGCCUGCAACCCAAAGUACCAUGAUUUCGACAAAACAGGAUCCAUCUGCUCUGCUGAGAGCAUCAACAAUACUCUGACCCAGUAUCGCUGGCUGGUGAGCGCUCCCACUGGGUCAGAUGGAGUGACUAGUCCCAUGAGGGAGGUAGACACUAACACUUUCUUCACCAACACCAAGUCAGUCACCUUGGAUUCAAUUUACUUCCAAGCCGGUUCCAGGGUUCAGUGUGCAGCAAGAGCUUUCAACGCCAAUGGAGAUGCUGGCCUGGAGCUGUCCAGUCCCAUUGUUGUGAUUAGCAAUGAAGAAGGUAUGUGUCAGCCACGACUCCCAGGAACUGUUGGGGCUGAACCUUUCUCUGCUAAGAUCCGCUACACAGGCUCAGAUGAUCCAGACUUCCCUAACCUCAUCAAACUGACCAUCACUAUGCCUCACAUGGAUGGAAUGCUACCAGUGAUCUCCACAAAACCGCUAUCCAACUUUGAGCUCACUCUGAGCCCGGAUGGCACACGUGUGGGUAACCACCGCUGCUCCAACCUACUGGAUUUCAAUGAAAUCCAAACUGGCUAUGGCUUUAUCACAGACGCAACAAAGAACCCUGAAAUCAUUGGGGAGACUUCGCCAUACCAGUACAGCACUGCUAUGCGUUCAGCCAAUUCUCUGCGCUUCUAUAGGAACCUCAACUUGGAGGCCUGCCUCUGGGAGUUCACCAGCUACUACGACAUGUCAGAGCUGUUAAAUGACUGUGGAGGUUCCAUAGGCACUGAUGGACAGGUGCUGAAUCUUGUCCAAUCAUAUGUCACCCUGCGUGUACCUUUAUUUGUGUCCUACGUCUUUCACUCUCCUGUGGCUGUCGGGGGCUGGCAGCACUUUGAUCUGCAGUCAGAGUUGAAACUCACCUUUGUAUAUGAUACAGCAAUUCUGUGGCAGGAUGGUAUCGGCAGCCCACCUGAAGCUGAACUACAAGGAGCCAUGUACCCCACCAGCAUGCGCAUAAAUGAGGAGGGUCGCCUUGUAGUUUACUUCAAGACGGAGGCUCGUUUCAGAGGACAGUUUGUUAUGUCUCAUCCAGGAACCAGUGUGUCGUCCAUGGUGAUAUGUGCUGACCAUCCUGGGCUGACCUUUACUCUGGCCUUGGUCAGGACAGAGCCGACCUACAACCAGCCCAUGCAGCAGUGGAGUUUUGUCUCCGAUUUCGCAGUGCGAGAUUACUCUGGAACCUACACUGUGAAGUUGGUUCCCUGCAUUGCUUCACCCAACGGAGAGUUUAGUAUCCCUCCUGUGUGCCACCCAAGAGAGCCGCUUACUUUUGAUGUAGACAUUCGCUUCCAGCAGGUGAGUGACCCAGUGGCAGCUGAAUUCAGUCUAAAUACUCAAAUGUUCCUCCUGUCCAAGAAAGAGCUUUGGUUGUCUGACGGCUCAAUGAGUUUUGGAGAAGGAACUGAUGCUGCUUUUUCAGAAGGCUCCAUCAUUUAUGGCCGUGUGAUGGUAGACCCUGUCCAGAACUUGGGCGACUCCUUCUCCUGCAGCAUUGAGAAGGUGUUCCUCUGCACCGGAGCCGAUGGAUACGUCCCCAAAUACAACCCCACCAACAAGGAGUAUGGCUGCUUGGCAGAUGCUCCCUCUCUGCUUUACAGAUUCAAGAUUCUGGACAAAGCCCAGCCAGAGACUCAAGCUCCAGCAUUUGGGGACGUGUCUUUUAAGGCCAAACUGGCACAAGACACCCCUGGAGCACAGCCUUUGGUCAGACAGCCAGGCUCAGAUGGCUUCAUGCUUUCCUCUUCACCACUUUUUCAGGUGGCUGCUGGCAGAGAAUGGUUCAUCCACACCAUUUAUACCGUCCGCUCCAGAGAAAACGCCAAUCGUAACAUCGGCAAGCGGAGUGUCGAGUACCUCCAACAUGGUUUCUCCUCCGCCUCAGAAGUAGUCAAUCGCCACCGCCGUGCCGCCCCGUUGUUCUCCAGUCCGCCCCUGGCCCAGGACAUCGGUGUCAAAAACAACCGAGGCACCAACAUCCAGCACAUCGCUCUGGACCGGUCAGACCGCAUGGUGGUCAACCAGAGGCAACCCUGGUCUUUGAGCCAUGACCACCUUUUGGAGCGCCCCCUUCUGGAGAGUUCAAGCAGAGAGCCGGCUGAUACCUUCUAUCUACCCAUGCUGGUGGGCGUUGCAGGUCUGAUCUUGCUCAUCUGCGUCAUCGCAACCGUUGUUAUUCUUCUGCUGCGGCGCAAGAGGAGGGAAAAGAAAAGUCAGUUCCCUCCAUACGCCACUUCCUCCUCAUCUGCCUACAGCCACGGUUUGGUUGGUAUGUGGAGCAGUUCGGACAGCUCUGAAGUCUAAAGGUGGAUCGUGCUUCCCCUCAAAACAUGUCCCUUAUUUAAAAAAUAUAUAAUUACCAGUCUCCUUCACCACUGUGCCUUUGAAAUUUAGCACUGAAAACAUCCCUGUGCAACUUGUGGACAGAACAUCAGUGCUCAGGGGCCUACAUGCAGAGAAUGUACCAGUUAUGAGGCCUAUUAAUAUCUGAUCCUUAAUUUUUCUGCAAUAAUGUACUGUAAGCUUGUACCUUCAACAGCUGAUUCAGAAUUACAGUGUUCCGAGUGUUCAGUUGUAAAAAAAAAUGCAUUUUCACUUGGCAUUUGCAAAUGCAUGCUAGUAAACUAAAUGCAGCGGAUUCAUGAGUGAAAGAAAGGUAACUUUUAGUUUCAUAUUUUUAAAAUAUCAAGUUUUAUAUCACUGUAAUUCAUUGUUUUGUUUCGUGGAGUCAGAUAGAACUGACCUGAAUGAAUGACGAUGUGAUCAUUUUUUUCCGUUGUGCUUUUAAAAGCUUGCUCACCACUGACAACUAUCACUUUAGAGUGACUGGAAGGGAUUGUAAAUGUUAUUUUAGUCUUCUGAGAAUGCAGUGUUUUGUAGGUUCGUGAGAUAAAUGUGGCUGAAAUAUGUUUCGACUUUAUCUGUGUAGAUAUUAAAAGAGGACAGUGACAAAAACAAAAAUGGUAUUUCACCCUGAUGAAACUUGAAAACAGUAAGUCUGAUUUGCUCAUCAGGUCUUGGCAAAACAUGUUUGUGACAAUUUCAAAGGUUUGGAUGCAACUAUACUUUAAACUGCUAAAUAUAAAUGUUUUUAAAUGAGUCUUUUUUGACCAGACAGGUUUUUUUUAUAUAUAAAAAAGGAAAGAUUUAUUUGUGAUGAUCAAAGGGACAUUUUGUACUUCACAAAAAGAUGAAAGAACAAUUCUUUUUCUUAAAAAUAAAGUUGGUACUUAUUGUUACAUGGAAUGCAGUGCAACCAGCAGGCAUAAAUACAUUUUAGAUAACUACUAGUAAAGAAACAAAAAACAUACUAAACUAAGCCAGCACAGCUGCAGUGUUUAGGUGAGUGACAACAAGGCGGGCUCAUUAAGGAGCACUUUCCUAAAACCUAAUACAACCAGAUCAGUCCGUCAAGGAUUUUUACACAGUACAUUAUCACAUCCUGCAAAACAAACACAGAUACUAGGACUAAUGACACCGGAGCUGGCUGCCGGGGUCAAACGCUGAACCUGUAGUUUGUGCGCAGCUUCACAAUUUCAGCUUCUUCCUGCGUCCUCGACCAUCCAGGGUUCCCUCUGGUUUACGUUUCUGCGCCUGCGAUAAGAGCAGAAAAUGGUCAGGAAUACCAAACACAGAAAAAUGUCAAACAUUUUUGCUUUUAAGAAAGAUGUGCCCUGUGUGUAAGUUAAACCUGAUUUGUACUGAAUGUCAGAUAUUACACCAGCACUAAAUUAAACCAAUGCUGUUAUCUA